AUGAGGUCGAGGGGGAUAGAACCGCCCAACUCUGAACGCGGGGGCUGGACCAUCAGGCUGUAUCAUCAGCCAUAUACUCGGUAUCAUCACAUAUCAUCAGACCAGCUUGCCAAAAAUGACGGUGAUCUCUGCGGAAGGCAGGACUUCCAGUGGUUUAUGAGUUCUUUGCACUGUGACGAAGAUAUAAGCUCAUCAUCAUCAUCCGAGUAUUCUAGUGAGAGUGAAUACACAUCCGACAGUGAAGAAGACACACUGACUGAUGAUUCUUCCGAUGAGUGUGAUGUCAACUGCCACCGCAAGUGUGAAAAGUUGAUGCCGAAUUUGUGUGGUGUUAACCAAAAACUUAUCGUAGAGGCACUGUCUUCCUUGAGGAAGGGAUCAUCCGAGUCCCGUGAUCAUGGCUCCCCUACACGUCGCCAUAGCAAUGCAGCUCUCAGCCUGGAGGAGGAGUCACACCGUCAUGGUAGCGGGGCUACCGGAGCAGGCCGAGUCACUCCCCCAGCCACCACCAUACCAAAGUUCCGCAAAUACACUAUGGAGGACUUCCAGUUCCUCAAGGUGCUCGGAAAAGGCAGCUUUGGGAAAGUAUUGCUCGCAGAGCUUCGCGGCACUCAGUAUUACUACGCUGUGAAGUGCCUCAAGAAAGACGUGGUGUUGGAAGAUGAUGAUGUUGAGUGCACUUUGAUUGAGCGCAAAGUCUUGGCAUUGGGGACCAACCACCCUUACCUCUGCCAUCUCUUCUGCACUUUCCAGACUGAGUCGCACCUGUUCUUUGUCAUGGAGUACCUCAACGGAGGUGAUCUCAUGUUCCAUAUCCAACAGCAAGGGAGGUUUGAUGAAGGCAGAGCCAGAUUUUAUGCAGCUGAAAUAGUUUCUGGUCUCAAGUUUCUACACAAGAAAGGAAUCGUUUACAGAGACCUGAAGCUGGACAACAUCCUGUUGGACUUUGAUGGCCACGUGAGGAUUGCAGAUUUUGGCAUGUGUAAGCUGCAGAUAUACCUGGACAGGACGGCCGACACGUUUUGUGGCACGCCUGACUAUAUGGCACCUGAGAUCUUGAAGGGACUGAAGUACAACCAGUGUGUGGACUGGUGGUCGUUUGGUAUCCUGAUGUAUGAGAUGUUGGUGGGAGAGAGUCCCUUCAGUGGGUGUGACGAGGAUGACUUGUUCUGGUGUAUCUGCAACCGUCAGCCGCACUACCCUCGCUUCAUCACACUGGAGGCUAAGCGCAUUCUAAUGCAGUUGCUAGAGAAGGAGGCCAGCAAGAGACUAGGGUCUUGUGAGAACGGAGCUCUGGAGGUGAUGGCUCAUCCGUUCUUCAACGGGUUGGACUGGGAUAGACUCGAGCGCAGGGAACUUGUGCCUCCCUUCAAGCCUAAUGUCAAGCACCCUUUGGAUGUUCACUAUUUUGACAAACACUUCACGGCCGAGCGAGCUUGUCUUACGCCGAUCGAUCCUUCCAUUCUGCAAUCGAUGGAUCAAACGCAGUUCCAAGGGUUCAGCUACACCAAUCCCAAUGUCACCGACUAGUCCAAUUGAUUGGUAAACAAACAUGAACACUUACAUACACACACAUCACUACCUAGAUGUCUAAUGUAACAGUAUAAAGUACCGUAGUCAAAAAUGUUUAGUCAAGUUGUUUAGGUGUAUCGGUAUAGGAAUGUCUUUUUAAGCUUAAAGUUGAAGGAGCAAUCAUUACCAUUGUACUAUCUAUAGUUCUGUUACUUUUAACUGUAUAACAUGGUGUGUUGAGUCGAAGAAGUUGGAAGGUUGAAGUCUUACGAAGGGUACCAAAUGACUUCAGGGUUCUUGGAGAUAAUAACCAAUUUACUUUGUUAAUGGUUUAGGAUUUAAAAUCUUUGCUAGUCUGAAAAAAAUGGUUGAAUAUCAUUUGACACUGUCAAUCUUAUGUCUGGUGUUAUUUUCUGUAAAGUCGUUGAAACUUGGAUUUUGUUUGUACCUUAACUUGCCAAUUAAGUAUCUUUGAAAACCACAUUUAUUUAUUUAUCUGUGAAGAGUCAAAACUUUGCCUCGUUGAUAUUAACGUAGCAUUACUUAAAUGAUACUCAAUCUAGUCAGUUGAGCUGUAAAAUCUUUUGAAAUUGUAUAUUUUAACUGUGGAAAUUAACAUUAUUAAUUGUUUGUGAAAAUAUAGCAUUACCUCAUACCUAGUCAUCUAUAAUUUGUAAUAUUACUUAAUGAUCAAAUUACAUUUUAUUUAUUACUAGGAAAACUAGGUUUUAGAAAAGUAAUGCUUGCAUUAGACAUGAGUUAAUUAAUUUUUAAUUUUUAUUAGUCAUAAAUUAUUUAUACCAGGUGGUUUUAAGCGUUGAAAAUUUGAAUGAAAUAUAAACUUGGAUUUUGAUUUUGUAGUAUAUGUACUCACUAAAAUUAGAAUAAUACAUGUAAAUUAACAAAAAUAAUAAUGUGUAUAUAGCCAUAGAGUAGAAUAGUAAUUUUUGUACGUUUAUUUUUGUGGUUUGCUUAUUAAUAUUUUUAUAACCAGCUAUGGUAAAAUGUUGUCAAAGGUGAUUAAAAACAUUAACAGUUUUUUUUUUACUGUUUGCUUUUUCAGAAAGAGAAAAAGUUGCCGUUACGUUGAGAAACCGUUACAAAGAUAAUUUUACCCAGCAAGUCAUACAACAAAUAUUGAUUGUGAUGCAAUUUUGCUAUAUGGUUUUAUGUAACAUAUGUGUCACAGUAAUUAACGGAUAGUCCUUUUCUGUUUAAACGCAAAUAGUCAAUGACGCAACCCUUCCCCAUUGCUCUUACUUCCUUCCGAAAGUUAAGGCAUAGGUAACAUUUGUUUUUCCAAUUUUCGUAAAAAAAAAACUUCAACAGGAAAGGAUUGUUUUGUUUCUCCUGCAAACUUAAAUAUGUUCUUCUGUGCAUGUCUCACUCCGUGUUUUGUUAAAAAAAAAGUAUUAAGAGGUCUUAAAAAGUAAGAUUUAGUAAACAUUCAAAUCAAUUUGGUUUGACUAAUGUGUAUGAUUAAAGAAUUUACCAUGUUGUAGGUUUUUAACAAAAUGAGUUUUGAUGGUCUCAGAAUUUUAACAAACAACCAAAUGUUAUCUUAAACAUCGAUAAAUGUUAUAAGCGGUUGUUUAGUUACACAACAAUAGUUGUUUUAAUGUUCCUUGAUUUUAGUUGUAUAUACUGUAGUGUUAUAGAUUAACAAUUGCAUUAAAAUGUGUACUUGCCUAUUUUAGAUAUAUUUUAUAUGUUUUAGUGUUUAUUUUUUGAUAGCUUGAAAAUGUGUUGUUAUGAUAGAUUAAGUUAAAUAAAUGAUUUUGUUUUGCAA